ACUCCGUAUCCAAGAAACGUAACUAUCUAAACAUAACCGCCAUUUUAGAAACGGCUAUCCCUGAUCGGACCGCUAGUUUGUUGUUCGUUUACCCCCAAUCACUCGCUUGCUGCUUACACAUCAUGUCAUCAGAUGAGGAAAGUGUUGAAGAUGACGGUUUGCCUGAUUUGGGUGAAUACGAGGGUGAGAGAAAUGAGCGAGAGGAGAGACAUGGUCAAGGGAGGGCAAAACUUCCCAAUGGAGACACUUACGAGGGGAGCUACGAGAACGGCAAGCGCCAUGGUAAAGGCAUCUAUCGGUUCAAAAAUGGUGCAAGAUAUAUCGGCCACUAUUUAGACAACAAGAAAAACGGCGAGGGACUGUUUUACUACCCAGAUGGGUCAAAAUACGAGGGGUACUGGGUGAACGACCAGAGACACGGAUAUGGGACCUAUACCUACGCAAACAAGGACAUCUUUGAAGGAGAGUGGGUCCAAAACAAGCGCCAUGGACAGGGCACUUAUACGUACGCAGAGACGGGCUCACGUUUUGAGGGGACCUGGUUUCAAGGUCGAAUGCAAGGGUCAGGACAAUUGGUUCACGCAAACCACAGAUUUGUUGGCUCGUUCACGGACGAUCAUCCCAAAGGCCGCGGUAGAUACGAGUUCGACCUUGGUUGCGAACAGCGAGGUAAAUACACGUGGACCGAGGUGGAGCCAGACGCGGUGAACCAGGAAGACGAGGUCGAGCCCGUCAUCAUACCGCGAUGGAACGGCGAGAUGAUAUGUCAUAUAGGGGAAGCAUAAUCAAAGGAUACACAAGCGCCAGUCCUAUAGAGUUUUAGAGUUCAUACAUCAGUAGGGGUUAACUGUGCCUCACAGGUAUCCCACUUUCUAGGGGUGAAUCAUUCAUAUCUACCUCCCAAGCCUCCCCAGAUUACAUAGCGUGUAAAGUUUGUACAAGUAUAGUGCUCUUGUUAUUAUUCAACGAAAUAAACUCGUUGAUUUGUA